UCGAAUGCAUAACCUGCUGAAUGCUUUGCUUUGAUGUUGUACGAAAGGGUUUGAAGAAAGUUUGGCGACUGUUUUUGUAAAACACGUGGUAAUUUGGAGUCAUCGCAAUGACGAAAAUAAGAAAAGUGAAGCGUAGGAAGAAGUUUCGUAUGAAUGUGAAUCGUAAGCGAUUACGAAAUAAGUUACAAAAGUUACCAACAAUAAAAUGCAAACAGUUGAAAGAUUCGUGGGAAGUGACUAAAUCCACCCGCACUAAUCUAAAACAAAUGGGAUUAGCAUAUGACCCAAACGAAACACUAAAAGUUUCUAGUAAUAAAGAGCAACUUGUUGAAAAGUUUAAAGUUGAAGAUUUAGAAAAUGUAUCAAAGAAGGAUGAAGAUGUUGAGAUGACACCAGUAAAAGUUCAUGUGUCUGAGGAACUUGAAGCAGAGGCAAAAGCCCCUAGAAGAAGAAUGUUUAAGUUACCAAAUAGUCAAGUAAAUUUUCUUACCUAUUUACUGGACAAGUAUGGAGAAGAUUAUAAGGCAAUGGCACGCGAUAAAAAGAAUUAUGAUCAAUUAACAUGGAAACAAAUACGUGCUAAAAUAAAAGUGUUUAAGGGUAUCCCUGAGCAGUACAAUGAAUAUCUUCAAACAAAGAUAAACAAUAACAACUAAUUCAUUGUUCUAUUCAAUAGGAAUAUAUUUCAAAUUUGUAUAUAAAGUAUUAAAAUAAAUAAACUAAUGUUGUGUAGGUAAGUACAGUAGUAGGGAGAAACCUACAGAUAAUACUUUUUUAUCAUCUCAUGUAACAUUAUCCAUUAAUAAUCAUUAAAAUAAAUUUGUGCUAAUUGA